ACCUGGGGCAACCUGGAUUCCUCUGGAGCGUUCCAGAAGCCCAUACACAGCCAUGCUCUGCUUUUGCUCCUCCUCCUGGCCAGUGGGGCUGAGACCUUUCGCAUCUGUGCCUUCAAUGCACAGCGGCUGACACUUGUCAAGGUGGCCAGAGAACCUGUGCUCGACACCUUAGUGAAGAUCCUGGCUCGCUGUGACAUCACGGUGCUGCAGGAGGUGGUGGACUCAUCUGACAGUGCCAUCCCCCUCUUGCUUCGAGAACUCAAUCGAUUUGAUGACUCCGGGCCCUACGCGUCCCACAGCAGCCUCCUGCUGGGGCGUAGCACAUACAAGGAGAAGUACGUGUAUCUCUACCGGUCACAUGAGGCAGAGGUCCGGGACUCCUACAUAUACGACAAUCAGGAUGAUCUCUUUACCCGGGAGCCCUUUGUGUGCUGGUUCUCUUUACGCAGCAAGGUUCUUCCCAGCCUUGUGCUGGUCCCGCUGCACACCACUCCGAAGGCCGUGGAGACGGAGCUGAAUGCCCUAUAUGACGUGUUUCUAGAUGCUUCCGAGCGCUGGCAGACCAAGGAUGUGAUCCUGCUCGGGGACUUCAAUGCUGACUGUGCAUCACUGACCAAAAAGCGCCUGGACGACCUAGUUCUUCGGACUCAGGCUGGCUUCCACUGGGCCAUCGCCGACGGCGUGGACACUACGGUGCGGGCCAGCACCCACUGCACCUACGAUCGCAUCGUGCUCCAUGGGGAGCACCUCCAGAGCCUGCUGCGUGGCGCGGCCGCCUUCGACUUCCGCCAGAGCUUUGGGCUCACUGAGCAGGAGGCUCUCAACAUCAGUGACCACUACCCUGUGGAGGUGGACCUGGCGCUGAGCCGGGCAGUGCACGGGGUCCAGCCCCCCUGCCUGGACACUCUGUGGCUGUCACUGCUGCUGCCCCUCCUGGCCCCCCAGCUGGGCCUGGUGGCCUGAAGCCAUGUACCUGCUGCCCCAAAGUGAGGACUGUCCUGUCUUCUGGACUCAAAGCCCUGCCCUGCUCCCAGCCUGCCCCUCUGUGUGCCUUUGCUUUGGGUGUGUCCUCUGGUCAGGCCUUUGCCUGCCUGGCAUCAAAAGGUAGAAAAGGCAGGUGGGGCCCUGGGGCUGGACCCAUGCCACUUGUCCCCCGGGUAGUGUCAAGAAUGAGGACAAAAGACUGGGUUAGGGGGUGAGGGGGCUCAGUAGAGGUGAUCUUGGCUCAAGGGCAGGGCUCUGAGAAGGGAAUUGCAACAGAUCAAAGGAUUUUAUCCUGACAAAACCAUCCACUCCAAGAACAGAAAGCCAAAUGACACAGACAUUACAUGUGUGUAGCAGACAUGCCAAAAGGUUCAUCUUUAACAUACACAAGACUUCUAGGAAACAGUAUUAAGACCCCAGGAGAUACAAUGGUAGAGAUCAGCAGUUUAUACACAGACAUACACACAUAAGAAAACAGCAAGUGGUCAAACUCAUUGUAACUUAACCAGAUGCCGUAACACCUCUGGUCAAGUCCAUGUUCAGACCACAAUGCAAUUUGGCCCCUACCACUCAGGGUGUGGUCAAGCACUGCCUAGAAGAGGCUGAUCACCAAGGCUAUAGAUGCACACAAAGUAUCUAUAGAAACCAGUGUAACCAUUAUAGAUACUUUGUAAAUGUGUGGUCCUAUGGGGGUAAAGACUUCCCUGGUGGCUCAGAUAGUAAAGCUGCCUACAAUGUGGGAGACCUGGGUUCAAUCCCUGGGUUGGGAAGAUCUCCUGGAGAAGGAAAUGACAACCCACUCCAGUGUUCUUGCCUGGAAAAUCCCAUGGAUGGAGGAGCCUGGUAGGCUACAGUCUAUGGGGUCGCAAAGAGUCGAACACGACUGAGCAACUUCACUUCACUUCAUGGGGGUAAAAGGACACACAGCAAAAGUUAACUAAAUGACCCCAUUUAGUGUGUUGUCAGCACAGAGCUCUUCGCCACCUCCCUUUUCCAGAAAACAGACCUCAUUAAAAAUCUGCACAACAGA